ACUGUGGCGUUAUAAUGCGGGUCUGAAAGUGGUCGGGAAGCUGAAGAGCCGAGGCGGGCAGGGCUGGUAGCGGCUGGGCUGACGACAGCAUCUCCGCCGCGCGGCGGCUUCACACCUGACUCACUCCAUCAGACGCACAGAUGAUGGAGCUCUCCACGCAGCCGGUUGAUCCUGUUGCCUCCAUUUCGGUUGUCCCCUGCGCGACACAUGGUCUGCAAAUGCCGCGAUUAUUACGCCCGAACCGUUUCUGCGGCGUUUAGUCGCCCUGCGUGGACAUUUAGUGGAGUGUUCGCCCUUUUAUUUUUUUAUUUUUGUGGACGCUGAAUGGUCGGAUCGAGGUGUUCUUUGUUUUCCUGGAAAAGCGAACACGGGUGGACUGAUGCUGCGUCGCCGUUAAACACCAGAAAUGGGUCUCAUCGAACCAGGGCUAACGAUUCCGGGUCGUCUUUGGAGCAGAUUUUCGUUUUUCCUAUGAUAAAACAUCUGCUUCGUCCGGGUCUUUUACGCCUACAAGUUGCUACGCUGAGCAGGUUUCAGUCAAGCAAACAAAUGGUCCAAUCAAUAUCCACUGGACAGAGUCUGCCAUAGGGAAGAUAUCAAUAGCGCACUAAUACACUCGAUACGCACACGAGCCAUGGCGCUGGAGAACUCGGUCUUCCCCUCGCGUCCAGACUCCCUCUCCCUCCCUGUGGAGGGCAAAGCGGUGGAGGAAGGCGUGGAGGUGGCCACGGAGGCCGCCGCCUCCACAGGGGUCUUCAACCUGUCGGAGGAGCUGGGCCACGUCGUCACCACGGAGUCGGCGCCCACCCCUCCGACCUCAGCCAAGGUCAGCAGGUCGUUCCAGGCCAAGCUGGCCGAACGGGAGGCCCAAGCCAAUCAGCACAGGAAGAAGACGCAGGGGGCGGAGAAGGAGAGGGGGCGCUUCGGGUGGGCCAGGGCUCGGCGUAAGCGGCAGCGCUACGUGGAGAAGAACGGGCGCUGCAACGUGCAGCACGGCAACAUGCGGGAGACGUAUCGCUACCUGACGGACAUCUUCACCACGCUGGUGGACCUCAACUGGCGCUGCUCGCUCUUCGUCUUCGUCAUGGCCUAUGCCGUCACAUGGCUCUUCUUUGGGGCCAUUUGGUACCUCAUAGCGUACUGUAGGGGUGAUUUGGACCAUCUGGAAGACACUACAUGGAUACCGUGCGUCAACAAUGUCAACGGCUUCAUCUCAGCCUUCCUCUUCUCCAUUGAGACAGAGACCACUAUUGGCUACGGCCACCGCGUCAUCACUGACCAGUGUCCAGUGGGCACCAUGCUGCUGCUGCUGCAAGCCAUACUGGGAUCAAUGGUCAAUGCCUUCAUGGUCGGCUGCAUGUUUGUGAAGAUCUCCCAGCCCAACAAACGAGCUGAGACUCUGGUCUUCUCCAAACACGCCGUCAUCUCUCUGAGGGACGAUAAGCUCUGUCUGAUGUUCAGAGUUGGCGACCUGCGUAGCUCCCACAUCGUAGGGGCCAACAUGAGGGCCAAACUCAUUAAGUCCAAACAGACUCAGGAAGGUGAGUUCAUCCCUCUGGACCAGACUGACAUCAGCGUGGGCUUUGAGACGGGAGACGACCGCCUCUUCCUGGUCUCACCGCUGGUGAUCUCCCACGAGAUUGACGCACGCUCCGCUUUCUGGGACAUGUCGCAGGCUCAGCUGGAGAAGGAGGACUUUGAGAUUGUGGUGAUCCUGGAGGGAAUGGUGGAAGCCACUGGCAUGACGUGCCAGGCCAGGAGCUCCUAUCUAGCGGAGGAGGUGCUGUGGGGCCACAGGUUCAGCCCAAUGAUGUGUCUGGCAGAGGGUUUCUUUGACAUCGACUACGGGGCCUUUCAUCACACGUUCGAGGUGGACACGCCCUCCUGCUCGGCGCGUGAGCUCUCAUUGGCUGCAGCCAGGCUUGACGCGCACCUCUACUGGUCGAUCUCCAGCAGGCUGGACGAAGAGCCCACCUUGACCAGCCAGGUGGCCAAGCAGCCGGACAGCGGCUCAGGCAACAGCAAAGCGGGGGAGCCCACGUUCAUCGUCGGGGAGAUGACAGACAUCCAGGAGCAGUCGGGGUUGGGGGAGCUGAACGGCAGCGUCACCACCGACCAAUCCGAAUCAGAGGCCUAGAACAGAGAAUGUUUACGAAGACCUUCAGUACGUCACCGGGACAUCACAGUUAGUGUUUGCAGACUUUGAUUUUGAAGUAACUUUAGUAGUUUCAUCAGACUCAGUCCUACAGUAUAAACCACAUCCUGUGUUGCCAUAUGUUACUUUUGUCUGUUCUUUCCAUGUUGAUCUCUGUUACCAGUGUACUGUAUGUGUGCUAUCUCUUUUCAAACUGUUGUGUUAGUGCCAAACACCCUUGCCUAUAUCUAUAUUUAAAUGACAAAACUAUGCUUUAGGUGGGGUCAAUCCUGUGGACACGGCAGAAUGUUAAACAGAACUAAAAGCUGUGGACGAGGUGGUUGUAUGUGCAAAGCGAAGUAAACGGAUGGUUCACAAUUCAGACAGGUACAAUGCAUAGACUCUUUAUUCUCACCUGCGCAUGAAAACCUGUAGAUGAUAGCGAGCUAUAAGCUGGGAUUGUAGUCAUUUCAAAGUACCUUUAAUACACAGAUUGUUCCAAGAUGUAAUGUACGUCAGGUGUUACCGCAAUGACAAAGUAUUGCCAGCCCAAAUGUCUGAAUUGCCAUUUGUAAUUUGAAAGCUGACUAGGGCAUCCAUCUGAACCCUUUCCCAUCAAACAGGUCAGCACUUGAGUGUCGGUGGCUUUGUUUCACGUACGACGUUUUAGCACAAGGAUUAUCUAUCUUUUGUCCCCAGCCAGGUAGAAGUACAAAGCACAAUAGCGUCCCGCUCAGUUCAGCCCAAACUCCUGCUUCUGCUGCUGUGUACAUAUGUGGCCAUUUCUACUUGAUGUUUUUAAUAUUUAAUAUAACACGUCAAUUAGAAUUAAUAAACUAUAGUAUAUUCAGA